UCCCCUUCUCCGUGCACAGAUAGGGUCUUGGUUUGAAUUGUCGGUCCGUUUUAAUUUCAUUUUGUUGUUAUAAUUAUGAUCAUUCUUGAAUGCCCGCGGAGAAUUAUAAUAGCCCGUUCAGAAAGAUUGAGCUUUAUUAGGUUUGGAUGAGAUUGGUUUAUGUGGGAAGAUUUUGGAUGAAAUUUCUGGGGCAAAACGAUUUGCCUUUCUCUUUUACUCAUAAUAAUGGCCUCAGAUUCUCGAAGGAAGGGAAAUUUUGGUUCUUUUGAUUCUGAAAGUUUAGCCUCAAGCAAAGGGAAAGCUGCAUCAAAAGUGACGGAGUCCAUAGAUAACCUUUUCAAUACAUAUGCUAACAAAUCGUUGGGUUCAAUUGAUCCAGAUGGAGUUGAGGCAUUGUGCUCGGAUCUAGGCGUAGAUCAUACUGAUGUCAGGGUGUUGAUGCUUGCUUGGAAAAUGAAAGCGAAAAGACAGGGAUAUUUCUCUCAGGAUGAGUGGCAAUUAGGGUUGAAAGCUCUUCAGGCUGAUACCAUUACUAAAUUGAAGAAAGCCCUCCCAAAAUUGGAGGCAGAGGUCAUGAUGCCUGUGAAUUUUGAGGAUUUUUAUGCUUUUGCAUUUCGCUACUGCCUAACAGAGGAUAAACAAAAAUGCUUAGACAUUGAUAGCAUCUGUAUACUGGUGGAUCUUGUUCUGGGGUCACAGUUCCGAGCUCAGGUUGACUCAUUCGUAGAAUAUCUUAAGAGUCAAAGUGAUUAUAAAGUACUCAAUAUGGAUCAGUGGACAAACUUUCUUCGAUUUUGCCAAGAGAUAAGCUUCCCAGACCUCCAAGAUUACGAUACAAACCAAGCAUGGCCCGUAAUUCUUGACAAUUUUGUAGACUGGAUGAAAGAAAAGCGAAGCUAACUGCCAGCUUGAAACCAUCCCUCCUUAAUGCUAAUUUCACAAGGGCUUCUCCGAACUCCAUGACGGAGCCAAAGUACUCGUGAAUCAUUGCGCUACUGAGAAUAUGAAGCUGGUCUGCCAGGAUACAAAAUUCAAUCUCAGAUUUUACUUACAUUCCUGCUAAAUUACUCAUACAAACUAUUUUGAGUCAUGCAAAAAAAAAAAAAAAAGGAAAAAAAAAAACAGAAGCAUUGUAUGGAAUGAUGAAUUUUUGCUAGCUCUAUUUAAGUUGCAUGGAUUCAUUUUUAGCCACAUUUCUCAAUCCCUGAAUCCUUAUAUAUUUAUAUGCUUGAAACUCAUGUCAUGAAGCAAAUGCAGAUUGAAUGACAAAAUCAUCCCUCUUGAAUUCUUUGUU